AUGGCGUCCGACGCCACCUCACGGCGACGGAGCCGGCGUGAACGCGAAGACAGCGACGAGGAAGAACACGGAGCCCCUCGGCGUCAGAGGCGUAGAGUCACCGAAUACGAAUCCGAAGAUAGCGACGGGGACGACACCAGCGAACAACAAGAGAACGAGCGAGCCUCCAGAACAAAUGGCGCCGCCAAGCCCGAUUUCGACGAGGACGGUUUCCAGCCUGGCGCUAUUCGGCGUGUCAAGGUGGAAAACUUUGUGACCUACGAGAAGGCCGAGUUCUUCCCCGGCCCCAACCUCAACAUGGUCAUCGGUCCCAACGGUACCGGCAAGAGCUCGUUGGUCUGCGCCAUCUGCCUCGGCCUGGGGUACAGCCCCAAGCAUCUAGGCCGUGCAGGUAGCGUUAAAGAGUUUGUCAAGCACGGAAAGGCCACGGCCACCAUCGAGAUUGAGCUCCAGAGGCGCCGGCAGGAUCGGAGGAACCACGUCGUCCAGGUCCAGAUCGACCGUGAGCGCAACAGUUCCCGAUUUCGACUCAACGGCAAGGAGGCGACGCACAAGGCCGUCCAGGGCCUCAUGAGGGACCUCAGUAUCCAAGUAGACAACCUUUGCCAAUUCCUGCCCCAGGAUCGGGUCGUCGAGUUCGCCGGUUGCACGCCGGUCGAUUUGCUACACGAAACCCUGAGGGCCGCAGCAGACCCUCAAAUGCUGAGGUGGCAGACGGAGCUACAGGAACUUCACAAGGACCACAAGGACCUUCAACAGCGAUCAGGCUCCCACGCCGAGACGCUAGCCAAUCUCGAAAACCGGCAGCAGGCCAUGCAAGCGGACGUGGACCGGUUCCGAGAAAGAGAGGAGGCGCUGGUACGCAUCGAUGAUUUGGGGGAUGCCCGAAAGAUCGCCCACUACCUCUUCCUGCGUACCAAAUACCGAGAGACUGAGCGCGCCUACAAAGACGCCAGGCAUCUCCUGCAGCAACUGGAGAGCGAAUCAGCCCCGGCCCUGGAAGCAGUGAACAGCAAACAGCGCUAUCACGCUGCUGUCGCUGCUGCCGUCCAAGCCCGACACGCUGCAGUCAGGGCCGUGGACGGGGCCGCAGACCGAGCACUGAAUGCGUGUGAGAACUCACAGGAAGAGAUGGCCCAGUGUCAGGCUAAGAUAGACGCCGAAAAGAAAGUUUUCGAUGUGAAGAAGAGGGAGCUGGGCCUGAUCAAGACCAGGAUCGGUCAGCUGGAACGGCGACUGAAGAACAAACCGUCUGAUUUUGACCCCAAAGAAUGGAAUCAGAAGAUUCGUGCCCAAGAACACUCGAUUCGGGAGCUCGAGGCCGAGGAUCGCCAGAUACAGACGCGAAUACGCGAUGUCCAGGAGCGAGGCCGACGGGUCAGGGAUGAGCAGAACACGCUGGCGCGGGAUCUCUCUGACCUGGAUACCCAAGAGGGACAACAACUCAAGGUCCUCGAGAAGCAUUUCCCCGACGUUGCGGCAGCUUGGAAGUGGCUACGAGAAAAUGGCGAAGAAUUUCAGCAGGAAGUCUUUGGGCCACCCAUGCUUUGCUGCAAUGUCAAGGACAAACGGUAUUCUGACCACAUCCAAGCCAUGCUGCAGCUUGACGAUUUCAUGUGCUUCACCGCUCAGACGGUGGAUGACCACAAGAAGUUGAGCGCUCAACUGUACGGUAAGCUCGGGCUGUCAGUCAGCAUCCGGACCUGCCGCAGCUCCUUCUCGUCGUUCAACAAGCUUCCCGCCGAGGAAGCCCAGCGCAUGGGCUUUGACUGCUGGGCGAUCGACCAGUUGAGCGGUCCCGAGCCGGUCCUCGCAAUGCUUUGUAACGAAAAGAAGCUUCAUCUAGCAGGUAUCGGGCUCAAGGAUGUCAAUGAGACCCAAUACGAAGCUCUUAUGCAGGAGGACAAGGUGCAAAACUGGGCGACCGGUAAUCAAUUGUAUGCUGUGAAACGCCGAAGAGACCUGAAGGCGGUUUCCAACACAACCCGCGAAAUACAGCCAGGCCGUUGGUGGAAAGACGAAGUGGAUUUGGCCGAGAAGCAGGAGCUACAACGGCGCCUCGACGAGGUCAAGCAGAACAUGGCAGUUCUUCGGGAGGAGAACACGAGCAUCAAGAAGGAAGCCGAGGAGAACCACGCACAGCGAGAGUCCAUCCUGGCAGUGACGGAGGACCUGAAAGAACAGAAAAAGGUACUCCAGAAGGAGUUCAGCGAGUACCAAGCCAUUCCAGCGAAGCUCGAACAUGAAAAGAAGUUGGGCGUUAAGAAGCAAGACGAGCUGGAGUCGUGCCGCGCAGUCAUUAUCGAUCUUGAAGUGCAAUGCGAUAAAGCUGUACUGGAGACUGCUCGUGCAGGCUUGACGUAUCAGCAGAAUAUCGCAAACAUGCACGACGCCCAGCAAGCACUCAUCGAGGGCCAGAUCCGUGAGAUUGAGGCACGGUCUGACUUUGAAGGGCUCAAGGAUAAGAACACAACACUCGUGAAAAGGUUGGACCAUGAGAAGAGGAAGAUUGCUGAGGUCGAGAGGGAGAAACAGUCUUCGAAGUAUGAGGCCAGAGAAGCUCACGACAAGGUUCAGGAGAUGUGCGUCCAAGCGGCAGAUCCGGCUGCACGACAGGUUUACCUCACUGAGAUGGCUGCCGGCAAGACGCUCGAGGAUAUCGACAACGAGAUCAAGGCCGAGAGCGCCAAGCUCGAGCUGCUCCACGCCAACCCCAAUGCCAUGCGUGACUACGACAAGCGAGCCAAAGACAUUGAAAAGAUCCGUCGCGAGAUGGAAGAAGCACAGAGCAAGAGCGACCAGCGGAUGCGACAGAUCACAAGGCUCCGCGAGAAAUGGGAGCCGAAGCUUGAGGAGCUUGUCAGGCAGAUCAACGACGCGUUCGCAUACAACUUUGAGCAGAUCAACUGCGGUGGCGAGGUGCGCAUUCACAAAGACGAAGACUUUGACCAGUGGGCACUAGACAUCAUGGUCAAGUUCAGGCAAAGCGAAACUCUGCAGAAGCUCGACCAGCACCGACAAUCCGGCGGCGAGCGCGCCGUGUCGACCAUUUUCUUCCUUAUGGCGCUUCAGUCCAUGGCGCGCUCGCCCUUCCGUGUCGUCGACGAGAUCAACCAGGGCAUGGACCCGCGCAACGAGCGCAUGGUGCACGAGCGCAUGGUCGAGAUUGCGUGCCGCGAGCACACGAGCCAGUACUUCCUCAUCACGCCGAAGCUGCUCACGGGCUUGAGGUACGACGAGCGCAUGCGUGUACUGUGUAUCGCCAGCGGCGAGCACAUGCCCACCGAGGGCAAGAAGCUCGACUUUGGAAGGUGUCUGCAGAUCCACAAGCGCAGCAUCGGCGCCGCCGCGUGA